UCCACUUUCGUGCGGGUUAUUUAAUAACAUAACAAUUGCUAUAUACACAAGUUGUCACAAAUCACAAUUGACCUCAUUACAAAUAUUCAAAUUAUAAAAAAAAAAAAAAAUAACAAAUUUAUAAUCAUGGUAUUAAAUGAAGUCGAAACUUUAGUUUACGAGCUUGAAAAAUCCGAGCUAGAAGCACCUAAUGGUUGUGCAUCACCGCAAACUUAUGCUCAGUUAUUGGCUGUAUAUCUUUAUCAAAAUGAUUUAUGUAAUGCCAAGUAUUUAUGGAAAAGAAUACCAUCGAGUAUAAAAAAUAAUAAGACCGAGCUACAGCAAAUUUGGAUUGUCGGACAACGCAUGUGGCAGAGGGAUUGGCCAGCAGUCCAUACGGCUUUGGACAUCGAGUGGACUGAUGAAGUCAGUGGAAUAAUGCUUGCUCUCAAAGAAAAUGUCCGUGAAAGAGCAAUGUCACUUAUUUCUGAAGCGUAUUCGUCCGUAAACCUGACAGUACUUGCCGCAAUGACUGGUUUGUCAUUAGAACAAGCUAAAUUGUCAGCACUUGAACGUGGAUGGAUUUUAGAUGAUACCACAGUGAGACCUUGUAAACUAGAUAAAGAACAAACGACAAUUCAAGCUUCCCUUGCUGAAAAUCAGUUGUACAAGCUUACGCAAUUUGUUUCUUUCUUAGAAAAUUAAGAGUAAUUAUAAAUUAUAUAAUAGUUAAAAUAUAAAUUUUUACCAUUACUGAUAUUAUUAUUAUUAUUAUUACAUUAAUUAUUAUGGUAUAAGAUGAAGAGAAAAAUCUAAGCAAGUAAAUUAAAAAUAAAAAAAAAUUUUAAGAUAUUAAUUAUUAUUAAAACACGUUUAGAAUGAGGAUUUAAUAUUUAAGUAUUUUUAAAUCUCUAAGAGAUAUCAACAAAUGUAUAAAAAGUAUCAGCUACAUCUUUAGCACGUAGCAGAGAUGAUUAAAAUGGUUAUAAAUGACCAUUAAUUACGAAAAUGAACUGUCAGUGGCGUUAACUCAUCUAACCAAAGCUCAUUUACUUAAAAAUGUGAAUUGCCGGAGUUGUUACGAGUAAAUGUAAAUAUAUUAAUCGGAUAAAAAGUCUUUCCACAUCACAAGUUACAAAGAGGGAUGUAAUAUUACAAGUUGAAGUCGAGAUGAAUAAAAAAAGUAAUAAGACGAAGAGGAAAAAAAGGAAAGGAAGAUUAAGACGACGAGGCACACACGAGGUGACCUAGGAGGAGAGUGGCAAGAAGUGACUCUCUGACUGCCGUCGGCAUCGUCGUGACCUCUUGGCGUUGUAUCGCACGGAAGAUGCUUCUUUAACAUCAUCUUCUUCAAUGUAUACUCUUUUUAUUUUAUAUAUAUAUGUAUGGAUAUCUGUGUUGAAGUGCAGAAACGACCUUUGCGCUCGGUACUCGCUCUGUACCUAUGACUUGAGAGCGUGCGCUCAUCGUUCUCAGAUUUUACUAGCAACUAAGUUGCACUCUGGCACCGUGCACCAAGUAUCCAACCAUCCAACCAUCAAGUUACGUUUCCAUACCCAUUCUUUAUAGUAUAUACCAUCUAGUACCAACACGGCAACGCAUUAGACUCAACCCGAGGUAAACGAGGAUAUUCACCACGACAUCGUGAUGACGAAAUCAUUAUUCCGUGUGGCACGCACCCCGUGUCUAUGAACGAUAGAUAUUAUUACUUUGUUUAAAGUAAAAGAGGGAGAGAGAAAAAAAAGAAAAGUAAAAUAUCUUGUGGCUCUUUUGCUAGGAGGAGAAAAUUCUCCUGGGUACGGGAGAAUGAACGUCAUGUACAAGAAGAGAGCGCGUUAUCUCACGUAGCUAAGUGCUCAGUGGUGAUGUCGCAAUACGACAUCACCGAGCGUUAAAACAUUCAGGGCGGUGCGGGUUGGUUCGUUGGCUUGCAAGAGGGCUCGUUCGAUUGUUUCGUUAUCGCGAUCAUCCUCGCUCCUUCGCCGACGGGUCAAUCUACCGCUCUCACCCGGUGUUUUAUAUUUCAUUCUUUUCCUUUCCCUCUCUCUUUCUCUCUCUCACUCUUUUAUACUCUCUCAGCCUUGUAAGACGAGAGUAAAAUAGUAAAAGAGCUUCUACGAAUGGAUAUGAGGUGCGCCUAGACAUAGCUCAUUCCUCUGUGCCGACGGCGAUAACGCCUCCUCUUCAUCAGAACACAUCAAAACAACAACAACCACAACAACAACAGUAACAUCAAUGCUCUACAAUUCCGUAUAGUGUAUUUGAUCCUUUGCAUCAUAUAAUAAUAAUAAUAAUAAUAAUAAUAAUAAUGAUAAUAAUAAAAUCAGCAUCUCGACAAUAUGAUUUUUCAAUGUAUCAUUGUGAAUUGUAGGCAGUAUUAAACUCUCUGGUAAACCCAUCGACUAGGAUGACUAGAUAUAAAAAGCGCGCGCGAGGUAGGCUAGCCGAAUUACUUUCCCUGCAGGCGAAAGCCACACCAUAAAUUACAUAGAUUUAUUUAUAUAUAUGCAUGGGAUAUAUAUUAAUCGAAAACCCGUCGAACCGGGAUUCAAUCGACGCAUGGAUUUAUACUUCGUACAUGAAUAAAUGUAUACGUGUAUUAAUUUUU